AUGCCGUUCCUGCGUGGAACCCGAAGGGUUCCAGGUGCCUGCCCUGAUGAUGCACGUCCGAACUAUGAGAUCGAGCUGCCGGCAGGCAUAAGAGGCAUUGCACCGAUGAGCUCGAUCAUAGGUGAGAGGUGAUAGGUUUGGAGGGCCAAUUCCUCAGUCAAAACCGGUCCUAACAGUGGAUCGACCGCACUACCCCAACCGGUCAGCCAGACCCAGCAACGAUUCAAGGCCAACUGGCCGUCAAGCUCAUCCGGUCCCUAGCCAACAGCACCAAGGCCGGCGAGAGAUUGCUGCCUCUCGGGUACAGUAUCUCCGUCAACACGCCUUUCAUCACGUCUCCCACGAACCAGACCUGCAUCAGGUCCAAUUUCGUCCAGACUCGUGUGACUAGUGGAGCUACCUAGAACAUCGCGGUUUCAAAGUAACGCAACUCGCACUUUUACCUACUAAAACACCGUUCCUUCAGGUGGAAAUGCUUGCAUUAACGGAGACUGCAUGCUUCCUGGUGAGACUGAGGUUUGGGCGAGGGCUGUCAGGCUUCGAUCUCGGUGUUCACUGUCGACUUCUUGCGCCGGUUGAACGCAACCAGGAGAACAUUCGCUCCAAGUUCACUAGCAUUGCUCCGUACCAGAGCCCUGGAUGCGGCGGCUACUAUGGUGGCCAGGCCAAUGCCUCUAGGCGCCACCCACUGGAGCGCGAGGGCGAACUUGUCAAAUGA